AUGUGGGAAGAUACCUUUGGCACUAUAACUGCACAAUAUUCGAUUCCUAAAUGGAACAUCAAGUUGAAAUUUAAUGAUGCCUCCAAAUACUGCAAGGACCACGGAGGGUAUUUCGGACAGUCAGCUGACCUCGCCAUAGGUUUCACUUCUGAAGAGAUCGAUUUUUUGCUUGAUCAGGACUACUACAGGAGCUCGUGGCGCCCCCAUCUCGGAAUGACGAGAACUGAAGCGAACUCAAAAGCCAUGACCACAGUAGAAUUUGGAAUCAUGAACGAAGGUCGCAAAAUAGAACUAGAUAUGAAUUUCGACCACUGGAAACAAGGGGAGCCAAAAUAUGAUCCUGGCUAUGAUUAUGCCUGUCUGGAUAUCAAAACCAGCGAGCGUAAAUCGUGCAAACAAGGUGCCAGAAACUUCUUCUGCGCAAAGUAUUUAAAGUUUGAAGCCUUCACGACUUUCGUGGAUAUCACAUUUGAAAAGGGCUUCUUCAGAUUUACCGAUGGCGUCUCAAUUGUGGUCGAAGCUUACAUCGAGAAGCAGAACUUGACUUUCGACGAUGCCAGGAACUACUGCGCCGGCAGAAGAGGUUGGGGCUAUGAUCUAGCGGUCGGUUUCAAUCUGGCUGAAUUGCACGCUUUGACCAAGGCGGCCAAACAAAAUGAGAUGCAAGAAGAUCCCUUUCUGGGGUUGUAUCGAGGACCUCAGCGAUUCGUGUUCUAUUCGGUGCAGCGAGACGUGGCCUUUUCGGCCAUGUGGGCGCCGUGGGAGCCCGAGAAGAGGACGGAAACAGACAUAUACGGCUGUCUGAGUUCGCUCUAUCAGGCCAGAGGAGACUGUGAGGAUAGUGAGCAGCCAUUCAUUUGUGCCGCUUACAUCAUAACACCAGCAGAAUAUGGAAGUACUGGCAAAGUCAAAGUUGACUGGGAAGAUGCAGAGCCUUUUGCGAGAAAACCCAAACCAAGGGCCCGCAGUGCUCUUGAUAUAAUCUCAUCUUCAGGAGAAGAAAAGGAGUCAGAGGCUGCAAUCUACUCAAAAGGAGUUUAUGACUCCGUCUUCAACUCACUGCUGACCUUCAUUCUAGUUAUAGGACUGCUUCUGCUUAUUAUAACCUGUAUGGUUUGGACUAACCUUGCCGCUACUGUCAUGGUUCUAACUAAUUCUGAUUUAAAGAAAUUUUACGACAGAAAUUCACAAUAA